AUGACACUGACUGCAGACAAGGUGCACUGUGACAUGGACAUCGUUGACCUCUUGCUCAAAAACGCAGAUGAAUCUACCAGUUGCUACAGCAACCAACUGUGGACUAUCCCAAUGAAUGACGUACGUACUCAGACCCCCAGCCCAGAGAGACACGCUGCUGAUGACUUCUUGGGCAACCUGCUGCAUGGAAGCGACUCCUCUUCUGUGCCAGCAUCCCCCCUGUGGUCACCAGGCACGACUGACAGUGGCAUCAAUGAGGAGCCUCUGAUAGACACACUAGGCAGCCCACACAGCACCGCCUGCACAGCUUUCCCAGCCAUCGACAUACCGGCUCCUCUUCAGCCCAAAUCCCUGGAGAACCGAACACCAGGAAAUCAAAGCAUGGCUGAUGUAUGCAUUGAUCUCGAUUGGGCGUCUGGUGGCCUUAUUGAGAAAUCUGAAAUCGCAUACCACCUCACUGCAAAUCAUAACCGUCUGGUACAACCUGCGCUCACAGUGAAAGACCUGCUGUUAUCCAACCUGGGACAGAAACGAAUCCCCCAGCAUGCCCUGCAGGAGCUUGUUCUUAAUGAGGAUGAGAAGAAGCUUCUGGCAAAAGAAGGAGUAAACCUGCCCAGCAAAUUCCCCCUGUCCAAGUUUGAAGAGAGGGUUUUGAAGAAGAUCCGCCGGAAAAUACGCAACAAGCGGUCGGCUCAAGAGAGUCGAAAGAAGAAGAGGGAGUAUGUUGAUUGUCUAGAAGGAAGAAUGUCUGCAUGCAGCGCUCACAACCUUGAGCUGCAGAGAAAGAUCCAUCAGCUGGAAGAGACCAACAACGCUCUGCUGGAGCGGCUCAGCCAGCUUCAGGCUCUCCUCCCUAAUAGCUCCAGCAAGUCAGCACACAGAGGAACAUGCAUCCUGGUCCUGCUCCUCUCGUUCUCUCUGCUCAUUUCCUCAAACCUGCAGCCAGACCCUAACAGCCAACUCAAUCAGGCAGAAUACGCCAAGGCUAAAGUGUCAUCCCGCUCGCUGCAGGCAGUGGAUGAAGUGCGAGACGUCCCUCCUCCUCUGCCUCCGCUCUCCAUCUCCGGGGGCUUUGAAGCCCUGCGCAGCCUGACAGUGAAGCUCUGGCCCUGGACGAAUCUCCCCGCUGCAGGCCUCUCCUCCACUCACCGCCGGGAUCACAGGCUCCGGGACGAUCAUUGAUUCCAACAAGACAUGUAGCAGGUGCAGCAUCCAAAUGAGCAGAUUAAUUGCUUUUUGGUUUCUGUCUCCCACUACAGAGGCUGAGAGAAGUAUUGCGGCGGUGCUCCAGCAUGCAAACAUUUAGUUGAAAGACGUUCCUG